AUGGGAGGACCAACCGCGGGAACAGUCGACUGCAGCGUAGGUGUGAUUGUGCCAGAGUCGCCCAACCCAGAAUUGGACGAGCUUCGUGAGCUACGCUCAUCUAAAUUGGAGAAAAAGGAUCUCCCACAGGAAUUUUGCUUGUGGAAGAGAACAGCCCGCUCGUCAGAAACUCUGGGAUGUAUAAUUGUGGAUACAUGUGCAGUCAUACAUGAGCCUGAUAUUAUUGAGAUCAGCAUAAAAAAUAAAAUUCUUGUGGUGGUCCCCUUUCCUGUGUUGUGUGAACUGGACAAACUCCAUAAAAGUGGAAAGUACUCUAGUCAUAAGAAGGCUCAACAAGCGAUGCAUUGUCUGAAAAAGUCGAGCAUGAGUCAGCAUUUGAUAUUCGAAGAUUCUUCCGAGUCACUGAAUGAAGUCAAUGGUUUCAAAGUUGCCAAAAAUAACAAUGAUGACCUUAUUUUGAGAUGUGCCUUCAAAAUACAAGUAAAUCUGCCUGCCGACUGUGUUGAUAGCAGAAUCUUCUUCAUCACUGAUGAUUGCAACCUUUCUCUCAAAGCACAUGCUCAUCAUGUCAAGUACCUCACGGCGAAGCAGUAUCUGGCGGAACUCCAGAAGUCUGGUUUGAGCAUCAGUUUGGAGCCUGAGGAGGAACCUAUGGAAAUUGACCCACCACAAGAUCCUGUCAUACCGCCGCAAGAUAUGUGAGU